AUGGCCGACCAAGCAACCAUCCCCCCCAAAAUGAAGGCUGUUCUGCAACCCGACAGAAACUCCCACAACCUCAUCUCAUCCGAGAUUGCCGUUCCAAUUCCAACCCACCCAGAAGACGUUCUCGUCAAGGUUCAUGCUACAUCACCUUGCAAAGGCGAGCUAGAUUGGGCCCUCUGGGCCCCGGAAUUCAUCGGUCCUGAUAAGAUACCCAUUCCGGGCCAGGACCUCGCCGGUACCGUCGUCUCAGCCCCGUCCACGAGCAAAUUUAAGCCCGGCGACCGUGUGUAUGCAAGGAUCAAUGCCGACCGUCCGGGAUGCGCGGCCGAGUAUGUGCUCGCCCGAGAGCCUGAGCUGGCCAUCAAGCCCAAGAACUUAAACUGGGUAGAGACGGCAGCCGCGCCCAUCAGCGCCUUGACUGGCUACCAGGGCUUGUUUACACAGGGCACCUUGGAUAAGCUGGCCCUCAAAGGCGACAAAGCUGCACUAGAGAAGAAUGCAACUCAACGAGUUCUCAUUACUGGAGCCAGCGGCGGUGUUGGCAGUUGGGCGGUGCAGCUGGCUCGGGAGGCCGGUGUGAAGAAAAUCGUUGCUGUGGUCGGAGAGCGAAAUGUUGAUUAUGUAAAGGAGCUCGGCGCCUCGGAAGCGAUUGUCUACACGAAGCAAAGUAUCGGUGACUGGGUUAAGGAGGACCAGAAUGGGCGUGAAGUUGAUCUGGUCUUCGACUGCGCUGGUGGAUCCUCGCUCGCAGCUUCGUGGUACGCCGUCAAAGACGGUGGUAAGCUCGUCAGUGUUUGCGGCGUCCCAGAGGACACCCGUCCCGAUGAUGUCAAGAAGAAGGUGCAGAGUCUGUGGUUCGUUAUCACGCCACUGGGCAAAGAUCUGGACAUCAUUACGGAGAUGAUUGAAGCCGGUAGACUCAAGGUCAACAUCGACUCUGUGUUCGAAUUUGACCAGUUUUCAACUGCCUUCGAGAAGACUGAGACAGGCCGCCCAAGAGGCAAAGUUAUACUCAAGGUCUCGGGGGAGGUGUAA